AUGCGCUCUUUACUUGACCUUCCCCCAGAACUUCUUUUGCAUAUUAUACAUUACACGAUCCCCGUUGGCUUCGAGGCCACCGCCCUGUCAUGCAAGACGACCUUUGCAGCCAGCGCCCGUUUCCAAUCGCAGUAUAAUCUUCGACGCAAAAGGUUUCGCAACUUUCACUUCUCGCGCAAGUUGGAAAAACCGCCUGGAAGCACAACUCAAUCCGAAUCGGGUGAAUCAUGGGAUGAAAUUACCCAGCAAACAGGAAUCUGCAUCACUACCACGCGGGCGCUAUUGGAACACAUCGCACAAGAUCCUUCUGUACCAGAUUACAUCCAAUCCAUUGAUUUGACCGGCCACGGAGACCAUAAAGACGAAGAUGUACAUAACUUGCUUAGACUAGAGAUCCCUGAGACGCUCAAGGACUUGGUUCGCGCCUCUCCCAUCAUCCAUGAUGUUGGUUGCAACCCGGAUGAUUGGAUGGGAGGAAUCCAAUUUUCUCUAAUCGACGCCGACAUUUUUCUCCUAACUUUAUUAUCGCAAGUGCAAAGUUUGGCCUUACGUCCAUCGUGGGAUGAUCUGAACCCUACUUAUGACUCUUUUUAUCGCUCCGUUAUUCCAGACCACUCGAACCACUCAUGGUCUGUUCUCAAGAGAAUCACCCACUGGGCGAAUCGUCCCAAGCAAUUUCCCCAUGCACCGCUUUCAAAACUGUCUACUAUACAACCAUGUUUUGACAGUGGCUACGAGGAGAAGUGUUCGAUGACCGUGUAUGCUCCGUUCCUGGCGAUUGAGUCCGUCUCAGAAGUCUUCUUAACCAGUAUGAUAUUUUUCGAUGACGGAUACACCGGAAUUGCCUUCGAGCCAAUAGUGAAUUGUUAUAGCACAAAUCUACGAAAACUCGUCUUCAAGACAUCCGUAGCUGGAUGUAAGGAGCUAGAGAAGCUCCUAUCGCGAAUUCCAAACUUGGAGAUCUUCGAGUUCUCCCAUGAGACCAAAUGGCACGGCUGUGGGUUUGAUUGGAACCCGGCCGCAUUUUUGGAUACAGUGCAGGAUGUUUGCGCAAAUAAUCUCAAGGAGUUAUCUGUUGUGGUAGACGAUCCCUCGCAAUGGCCAGAAGGGCCGGAAGUCGUGCUUACGGAUAUGACGCGGUUUGAGAAAUUGGCGGUGCUGGAAAUGGAUGUGGACAUGCUGUGCGGUACACAGUAUGACAAGAGUAUGCAAUAUACGGAUUAUCUUGAUGAAUUUGAUUAUACUGGUGAGGCGGUUUUUCCAAAGCUGGUCGAGAUAUUACCCGCAUCCAUUGAAGAGGUCAAAUUGCGUCUCAACGCGUUUGAGGAUGAGGAUCUGGAAUGCAUCUCGCAUUUGGUGGAGGAUCUUGCAGGUUCCCGAGACAUAAAGCUGCCCAAUUUAAAGAAGCUGAGUCUCUUUGUGUGUGUGGAGGGCGUCCUAACGCUUCCGAAGAAGGCACGCAAUAGACUGGGUGCUGCGAAGCGUUGUGGCUUUUUAAUUUUGAAGCCUGGAUCAUUGGUCCCUCUUCUAUGA